AUGAAUAACUAAGAGACAUUAGCAGAUUGCUUUGCUGUAUUGCAAUUAUAUGCUGAAAGAAGGAUUAAAAAAAGAAACCAAUUAAUGCUCUCUAGUUUGUUUAGAUAUAAAUAAAUGUUUCAAAAAUUUUAUAAGGCCACUCAGUUAAGUUAAAAAAUAGACUAUGUUCUGCCAUAUUUUAGGAGAUUUUUGAGAAAUAUUCAUGAAAAAAGGAUGAAAAUAGUCAAAUUUAUAAUUAAUAAAGAGAAAGUAGGUUUAUAAAAAUAGUAUUAAUCAUGGAAGACUUAUUUCCUGAAGAAGAAAAACUAGAGAGAACUAUUAUAAACUAUUUAAGAAUAUAAAGAAGCCUAAAUUAUUGAAAAAGCCUUUAAUAACUUAAGAAAAAAUAUAAUAUUUAGCUAAGGUUUGAAGAGAUUAAUAAAGAACCAAAUAUACAGAAGAUAAGCAGUAGGAUUUGCAAGUUUAAAAGAAUAUCUUAAAAUUCAAAAAUUCAAAAGAGAUACUUUAAAGAGUGUCAGAGAUUACUUUUAGUAAAAUACUCUUUUAAAGUGCUUUAAAUAUUGGAAUUAUGGAUGCUCUAAAGCAGAUGAAGACAUUCAUAAAUAUCUCCGUUUAAGAAAUUGUUUCUUAAAUUGGAGAAAUGGUUUAGAUAGGAAUAAUGAUUUAAACAUGAAAAAAAUAACUCUUUUUAGAGUUCAUUCUCUCUUAAAGUGGAAUUUUAUCAGACUUAAAAAAAUAGUUGAAUUUGAAAAGCUCAAUUCUAUGGCAAAAAAGUUUCAUCUUUUCUAAAUUUUUCAUGCUUUCUGCAUAGUGGUUAGGAAAAAUAAGUUUAAAUAAUAUAAAAAGAGAAAGGCUCUCCAUUACUUUAAAAAUUAGCACUCAUUUUUUCUAAAGAAGAGGAUAUUCUAGCUUUUCAAGAAAGCCGUCUCAAUAAGCCAAGAAGAAAGGUUUAAAGAUGAGGCAGUGAAUUCUUAUUAUGAGAGUAAAGAGAAGGAGAGAUUGGCUUUGUAAACAUUUUAAAGGUUAAAAUUGAAUGUUAAGAUUAAUAAAGCAGAAAGACACAGAAAAAAUAAACUGCAAAAGAAGUCACUUUAGAGGUGGAGGGAGUUUAGAUAAGUUUCUAUUGAGAGAAAAAGAUUAAUUGUCUUGAAAAUUUUUAACAGAAAAAAAGAUCUGAUUGAAAAAUCUUUCUUUUUCUUAAAAAAGUUUGUAGAAUACAGAAGGGCUAAACUAAAAAUGGCUGUUUAAUAUUAUCAAAAGAGGAUGAUGAGAACUUCUUUAUAUAAUUGGCUUGGAAAUAUUGUUAAUGACUAUCUGCUUAAACAAGUAGAUGCAGACAAUUACUACAAAUUUAAAAUUAAGUUAAGAUGUUUCCAACAAUUAGAAAAGAAUAAAAAUAUUUAACAAAGAAAAAAAUUAAUUGAAACAAGAAUAAUUAACUUUUAAAAUAAACAAGAAGAUAUCUUGUUAUGGAGAAGCUUUUAGAAAUUUAAAGGUAUGAUAGUGUCCAUUUUACGGCAUAAAAAAUACAACUAUGAUUUAGUUAAUUCUGUAUUUUAUAAUUGGAAAUUAUUGAUAAAGAUGAAAAAGAUAUACUGA